UUCCGUGACCCGGAAGUACUUUGUCAGGGUUUCUGGCGAGUCUUCGAUCAAUAUACCCAACAACUUUAUUAACUAGAUAUUGUUAGCCAUGUCUCAAGACGAAUUUCAACCUACACUAAUAAGAACCACGCACAAUAACAACACGAGCUUGAGUAUUCAACAACCACAGGCACCGUGCCCUGGUAAAACACCCAUACAAGUUCUACAUGAAUACGGAACCAAAAUUGGAAACCCUCCCGUGUACGUGAUGGAAAAGGCUGAAGGGGAGGCGCACCAACCCAGCUUCAUCUUCAACGUUACAAUAGGAGAUAUGUCCUGCACAGGUCAAGGGUCCAGUAAAAAAGCUGCCAAACACCAGGCCGCUGAGUCUGUCCUGAACCUUCUGGAAAUAGACACUGGAACACCCCUUCACAUAAAGAAGGAAAGUAACGGCAUCCCGGAAGAGCCCAACGACCAACCCAACUCAGUGGGGAAACUGCAGGAGCUGGCCCUGCAUCGGGGAUGGCGCCUCCCUGAAUACACUGUUUUCACAGAGGCAGGCCCACCUCACAAGAGAGAGUUCACUGUGACCUGCAGAAUGGAGUCGCUCACAGAGACUGCAACGGGAACUUCCAAGAAAGUGGCUAAAAAGGCAGCUGCAGAGAAAAUUUUGGCAAAACUUGUGUCUGGCUGUCCUGAAAUCACAUGGAUCCCAAAGCCCGGUGUCCGAUUGGAGAACUUGCGUAACUCCUCAGCAGAGAAGAUGUCUCUCCUGAGAAGGAACCCACUCAGUAUUCCCAACACAGACUACAUCCAGAUGAUGCUGGAGCUAUCCCAAGAGCAGGGCUUUGAAGUCACAUACUUUGACAUCGAUGAGCUGACAGUGAACGGGCAGUACCAGUGCCUGGCAGAGCUGUCUACCUCACCCGUCACCGUAUGCCACGGCACGGGCAUCUCCUGCGGCAACGCACACAACGACGCCGCACACAGCGCUCUCCAGUACAUCAAGAUCAUGGCUUCCAUCAAAUGAACGAUCGUAGUUAAACGUCACAGAUGUUUCACCUGCAAUACAUAUUUAAAGGGUAGGAAGCAAGACUUAGUAACUUGGUUGUAGUCACGAUCUGGUUACCUAGAAGUACAAACAUAGUCAUGUGUUUGGGUUAUUACAUAUUUAUCAACUUAUUUUCGGAUAACUUCUAAACUACCCACAAUGCACUAUUUUUCAACUUCAUAUGGAGGAUCUAAUCUGUGCUACCCAAGUUUGUUAGCUGCUCAGUAGCUAGCUGAAGCUGGCAAACGUUAGCCACACCUCAUGCUAUUCACAGACUUUGUGCUUGUGUUAUCUAGAGGAAACCUGUUAGCAUGGCAGGCUCUGGUGCUUUCUUGCCGUGGGCUCAAAACAAAAGAGAAAAUCAUACCUGCUUUUUGUAGUACCUCGUCUGUUAACCUUUUUGCUUUCUUAACUUUUCGGCAUGUUCUCUGUGAAGUAGGCUACGGGAGUUUUGUAACUUUUUCCACCUUGGCUUAGUGCUAGUGCGCUAGCUGACUGACAUCUGGAAUCUAUCUAUUUAGGAUUUCGGCCCGUUGAAGCGCCCACCUCCCCCUUGCUUUGGUAGCUAACUCAGCCUGCACUCUUUUAAAAGUUUUACCAUCGGAUGGGUCCCAACCAUCAAUCUGUAAGUCUCUGCUCUCUCUUUGCUUUUAAUCUGCGGUUAUGUUUUAGUUGUGUUGUGUUCUAGCUGGUCUCCAGUAGUUGGGCUCUAGCUUGCCAACCAUAACCGUGGUGGUUGGCUAUGCUGGCUAGGCUAAUAGCUAGUUGGCUAAAUAGCUAAUGUUAGCUGGCUGGCUAGCUUGCUGGCUAAGAUAACUGGUUAGAUGGCGUUAUAUAUUUCCAAACGUUGGUUUACUUUAAUGUAGCUGUAAGCCAGGUGUUGAUAGCAACUGGCUGACUCAUUCAGUGCUAACAUAAUGUUAGCAGGCUAGUAGGGCUAACGUUAGCAGGCUAGUUGGCUAGCAACCGUGCAAGUUAAUUUGUAACAAUGAAUUCAUAAAGUAUUUUCUUGUAAGUUGGCUGAAAAUUACAUUGAAACCAGUAGUCUGUGUGCAAACGAUUUGGCUUGAUUUGAAUUUAUAAAUGUGAAGUUAUUUCAGUUGGAGUUUACAUUAUAGGGAAUAGGCUGGCUUGCUGGGUCCUCCAUAUUACAUCACAUCUGGAAAAAACAUUUUCCGACGUGAUUAUAGUAUUGUUCGGAAUUCUAAUCAGUUUUAUGUAAUAACUCCAAAGAUAGAAAAGUGAGGUAACUUUGCAUUGGGACUUUUGAUGCGUAUAAUAAUGCAAAUCCAUAUGUUACAUGUGGUUACGUUUAUGCUACCUAUCCUUUAAGGAAUUGAGGGGGAAAAAAUGUUUUUAUUCACAACUGAAAGGUGUAGCUAGCCUCCAUCUACCAUUAUGUUUUCACUCUUUACCCCAGGGUUCACUUUGUGUGGAAUUGGUUAAUAUUGAAGGCAGUAUUAAUAGAAAUCAUGACAUUCAGACAAAUCAAUCCAGUUGUUGUUUUUUAAAACAGUGACAGUCAACACCGUUCAUCACCUGUGGUGUCUGUCAGCCAUUUUUAAGUUUCUUUAAGAAAAGGAAAGAGCAGCGCUAGACAGUGAAAGCUAAUCCUGUGGAGUUUAUGUACUAUAGAAAAACAAGGACAAUGUUGACAUGUCAAACAGUCUCCAUCCUAUCCCGUUGUCCUUGUUUUUCAAAAGCCAUUGUGAGGACACGCAAUCGUGUAUUGAAUGAUAAAUGUAAAACUAUUUGCACUGAACAAAAUUAGUGAGAGGAAACUCGUUUGGCCUCGUUUAGUCAUAAGCCUAUGAUAAAAAAUGAAUGUAUCAAUGAAUUUAAUCACAUAUUAACGUAAGUCUGCCCCUCAUUUUUGACACAGGGAUAUUUUCAAAAUAAUGAAGCAGAUUGUCAAAGGUCAGUUGGAUAAAUUAAGUAACAAACAAAAUAUUCAUUACACAUUGGUAUUCUGUUUGAUAUACUAAAUGAUAUCUGCUUUAUUUAAUUGGUUAUAAUUUCUCUUUGCCAAGUCAAGAUUCAAUUACAUUACUGUGAAAUACUUUUCCAUUGCAAUAUUUCCUUUUCCAUAGCGUAUAUUAAUAACAUAGUCCAUUAUAACUUUUAGUUUGAUUUUAAAGUGAAGUUUUUGAGCUUUGGUUAACACCAUUAUAUUACUGUUUCUUUGAUAUUGCGUUUUAUUCCGUCAUACAGAGGACUCUUGUUUUGUGUAACUACCACAUGUAUUAACAGAGAGCAAGACCAACAGCAAGUUUAGUGUCAAAACAAAAACUGCUCCAAUUAGAAAAUGUUAUUUAGCUUGAAUUGUGCUCACAUUAUAUGACAGGAUAGAAAACUACAUGUCUAGAUUAUGAAAACAUGUAUAUUUUGUAAGUUAAUAGUAGCAAGAUGGCAUACUCAGAAACGUCGGGACAACUCCUGAUUUAGACUUCAAGACCAAGACUGCCAUGAUUGUCUCUUCAUGCUACAAAGAGCCAAUAAUUGCAAUCUUGGUAGCUUUGAUGUUGAUGACUAAGAAGGUAAUCGCCCUGUUGUGAUUGGUGAUGUCAUCUUGCUCAGUCUACCUGUAAUGUAGCCUAGUUAUGUCAGCUGUGUAUGAAGUCAUGCUGCUGUGUAUAUGUGUGUUUGAAGGCUUUGAGUUUGUGUCUGUGCUGGCCUUCACACUGAGUGCAGUGAAAUGUUAUGGGUCUACUACUGCUAAUGAUCGGAUGAUUUUUACAACCGGAUUCCACCUUGUCCUGAGUUUCUGUCACAAAGCCUAGAUUGGGCGGUUUAAUCACAUUUUGGUUUCCUUUAACAAGGUGUGUAUUGUAAUGUUUUGGUGGACUCAUCCCAAGCGUGUGCUGUGUACCUGAACAUAUUAAUACACAAUUAUUAGAUGUGAAGUGGGACAGACAUGUUCAAUAAAUCUACUCGACAUUGGCCUCA